GUUCCAAACCUGAUCAAGAAAAUAUGAAAUUAGGAAACCGAGGUCAAUCAGUGAUGCUUCUUCAAAAAGCUUUGAAUUUGCAAUGCCUUUUCGUUUGGUUUCUUUCUUUCUACCCACUUCUUCACCCACUUUUCCUACCUAUAAAUCUUGGUGUUUCUUCUCCGUUUUUUCUCAACAAUCUCAGACAGCCUUCUUCAGAACUUUUCCUGGAGAGAGAGAGAAAGAUAAAGAGUGAUGGGUCGAGCUCCAUGCUGUGACAAGGCAAACGUGAAGAAGGGACCAUGGUCUCCGGAAGAGGAUGCCAAACUUAAAGCCUAUAUUGAACAGUAUGGAACUGGAAACAACUGGAUUGCUCUUCCUCAGAAAAUUGGGAUUAAGAGAUGUGGAAAAAGUUGCAGACUGAGAUGGUUAAAUUACUUGAGGCCCAACAUCAAGCAUGGUGGAUUCUCGGAAGAAGAAGACAACAUCAUCUGCAGCCUCUAUAUAAGUAUUGGCAGCAGGUGGUCCAUUAUUGCAGCUCAACUGCCUGGAAGGACAGAUAAUGACAUCAAGAACUACUGGAACACAAGAUUGAAGAAGAAAUUACUAGGAAGGCGCAAAGAUCAGUCUAACACAUCAUCUAUGGGUGAGAGAAAAGAUGCAAAUGAGGUGGUAGAUAACUCAUAUUCACCAGCCUUAAGCAACUCGGCACUCGAAAGACUUCAACUCCACAUGCAACUUCAAAACCUUCAAAAACCCUUCUCUUUCUACAACAAUCCCGCGCUGUGGCCAAAGUUGCAUCCAUUGCAAGAAAAGAUCAUGAUCCAGAGCCUACAAUCUUUGAAUGAAAAUCCUGCCGCUCUGUGGCAAGGACAAAGUAUCGACUUGCAUGAACCGCCCACUGCUGCUAUAACCAUGCCAAAGGUAAACGAAUUGGGGAAUUAUUUACAUGGUAUAUCAUCAUCCCCAGACAAUUCAAUGGCCUUCAUCAUUGCUGGGAGCAAUCCAGCAGACGGUAUAGAAUUACAGUCUAAUAUUGGGGGAAGGGAAGUUUCAAGCUUCCAAGCUGAACUCGAUGACUUUCUUAAUAACAAAAAUGUGGCUUUCGUGCCACAAGAAGAUCAGAUUACUGAAUUUGAUUGCUUCAAAGAGAUCAAUGGUUCAAAGGACAACCUGAUUUGGUGGUCUAAUGACUUCGAGACAAAACCAGCAUCCUCAAACUCUUGGGACUCCACUACUUCGGUUCUUCAGUCUCAGCAGAUGUUUCAAGAUUAUGAACUAGGUUAUAAUAUGUAGUUUGAAACAUAUAUAGGGAGUGACGGUAUGGUAAUUUGUGAUGAUCAUAAAACGGGGAAGAGUGAAGAAUCUGAUAAGACGUUUUGUAAGAUGUGUGAAUAAUAAUACCAAAGUCCUUAGUCUCUUACAAAUUCUAAAGCUAAUUGCUGCGGCAGUCAUAUAUAGCAGUUGCUUGAUAUC